GCAAAACCUCCUAUCAGGUUCCACUGGUGUAUGGGGCAGCUUUCUUACUUUAAUAGAAAUCCCAGAAACUACGUGACUGAGCAGAUAAGUCCUCGGCGUGAGAUAUGUCGUCUGACAAAAUAAUCGGACCGGCCUUGCCCCCGAUGUUCAGAAACGAGAGCGAGGAAGACUCCGAUAGUGAAAAAGGAUUUGCUGGCCCCGCUCUGCCUCCGGGUUAUAAACGGGGAGAACCGUCGAGCUCCUCGGAUGAGGGUGAGCGGGAGGCGUCGGUCAAAAGAGCCAAGACAGGACACACAACUGGAGACAGACCCGCAGAGGUUGAGAAAACAAAGAUACAAGAAGAAGAUGAUGACGAUGGUUUCUUUGGACCAGCUCUCCCACCAGGAUUUAAGAAACAACAGAGUUCACCAGAAAGGCCGCCGGUGCUGGGACCAGCUUUGCCUCCUGGGUUUCGCAGAGCAGCAUCCAAUAACUACGAUAAUAAUGAUGGUGAAGAUGAAGAGGGUUUCCCAGGGCCUGCCCUACCCCCAGGCUACCAGGCUGAGCCCUCCAGCAGCGAGGGAGAGGAUGAGGAUGUGAUCGGACCCAUGCCGGCCAAAGGGCCUAUAAAGGACUCUGUGGCUCAGGACUUUGAGCGCAGAGCACAAAGGAUGAAAGAGAUGCUGACAGGACACGACACUCCUGAGGUGCUGACCAGAGAAACAUGGAUGACGGAGCUCCCACCGGAGCUGCAGCACAUUGGCUUAGGGGCCCGAACUUUCAAGAAGAGAUCGGGUCCAGAGAAGGCUGAUCGCUCCAUUUGGACGGAUACACCGGCAGACAGGGAGCGCAAGACCAGGGAGCGCCUUGAGGGAAAGAAGAAGGGUGAAGCGGAGAAAGACAGUGUCCCACAAGUCCCCCACACAGACUUGCAAAUGGCAGAGAAAGUGUCUAAGUAUAAUGAGUCUAAACGUGCCGAGUCCCUGAUGAGCUUGCACACAAAGAAGAUGAAGGAGAAAGCAAAGGAGAAGCCUGACAAACCAGUGGAGAGGAGACCGUUUGAUCGGGAUGAAGACCUGCAGGUGAAUCGGUUUGAUGAAGCACAGAAGCAGCGGCUGCUGAAGAAAUCUCAGGAACUGAACACACGGUUCUCCCACAGCAAGGACCGAAUGUUCCUGUAACAAGCUGUCAAAAUGUAAUGUGUUCCAAUUUGCAGACUUUCAGCUACAGACGAGCCGGUGUAAUUUUCAUACAGAGUUUUACAAUAUGGACUGUUUCUACAGAUACUGAUGCGUUACACAAAUGGAGAAUUCAAUUUUUUGUUGGUCUUUGAGGUCAAGUCAACUGGAUGAAACAGACCAUAAAGACAUGGCAGACACAUCCAUUUAUGGGAGUUCAUGUCAGUGACUGGGCACAAUGCUGCAGCAAACGUUUCAAACUGAUUCAAGCUGUUAUAAAGCAAGAGCGAAAGAAGCCUGCAUUUUUCAAGGAGACACUGUAUUAAGGCUGAUGAUAUGGAAACAAAUAUUAAAAUAAAUGAAUUACGUUUCUUGCAUUGAUAAACAGUAUAUCCAGGUUAUUUCCGAUAUGUGGAAAAUCAUCUGUCAAAUUUAGUUUAGUUGAUACUCAUCCUGUUGAACUAAAGUCGGACUGGAAGUCAUUUUCAUCUGAUAUGCUGAAAUAUUUCAGGAAUUAAUAAUAAUUUAAAUACUCAGACCUAUUAGUUCCUUGUAUCGUUAAUUUAGACAAAAUUAGCAACAUGAUUCAUCAUAUUAAAAAAAACCCGUAACACAACUACAAUGAUAGACAAUAAACAUUUUUGCCCAAGUGUAAGUGUGUGUGAUCUCAAAUGAUAAUUGAAUGGAGUUAUUAUAAUGCUGGCUUGUUCAAUGCUGCAUCAUCUCCUUAUAAUGUAAGAACUUUUAACCAAUAUUUAACAAGCCUGUCAAAGUUAAAGCAGUGACUCAAAUUCAUUUAGCCCCAUCAUGUAGUGUUUGAUGUUUGUAUAUAAUGGGUGAAAACUUUGGAAACAAUGCUCUUCCUAAGCCUGACUGCUCUUCGGCCAUUCAGAUCGAUGGCAUAAAAACUGUCUCUCAGUGCCUCAAGCCCUGCUAGAAAUGUAGAAAACUUAACAAUUUAUUUGAUUUUAUGUAAGAUUUUUGUACAGAUUGCUGUAAAAUGCAUUGUUAUGCUGCAUGAACCUCUUGUAGCUUUGCAGGCCAUCAUG